CCCUCCCACUAAGGCGAUCUUUCGUUUUCGAUUGCGUUCCGAACAUGGCCGACAAAAUUCCCGAAGCUCUUCCUUCCUUCCCACAUUUUGGGACGAUCGCCAUUCAUGAUGGCCAAGAACCAGAGCAGUGGAUGUCUAUGGGUGUUGUGCCACCGAUAUCAAUGGCUACGACGUUUAAACAAGAUAGCCCUGGUCAACAUAGAGGUUUUGAGUAUUCGAGAUCCGGAAAUCCAACGAGACAGUGUUUUGAAAAAUGCGUAGCUGGUCUUGAAGGAGCUAAAUAUGCUUUUGCAACAGCUUCUGGCCUGGCUGCAUCUUUGGUCAUCGCACAUUUGAUGAAAUCUGGUGAUCACAUUGCUUGUGUUGAUGAUGUCUAUGGAGGAACCAACAGAUACUUCAACAGAAUCAUGGCUGGUGCGAUGGGAAUAGAAGUUACAAUGAAUGACUUCACAAACCUGGAAAAUGUUGAGAAGGCAAUCAAGCCCAACACAAAAAUUGUGUGGAUUGAAACACCUACCAACCCAUUGCUGAAGUUGAUUGACAUCAAAGGCGUGGCAGACAUCGUUCACCAACAUGAGGGUGUUAUUCUUGUGGUGGACAACACCUUUAUGUCUUCAUAUUUCCAAAGGCCUCUCUCUCUUGGAGCUGAUGUUGUGAUGCAUUCUGUUACCAAAUACAUGAAUGGUCAUUCUGAUGUUGUAAUGGGAGUGCUUGCUACCAGCGAUGAAAAGAUAGCAGAAAGAAUAAGAUUCCUACAGAAUGCUAUUGGUCCAGUGCCAAGCCCAUUUGAUUGCUAUUUGGCUAACCGUGGACUCAAAACUCUCCAUCUACGAAUGCGACAACAUGAAGUAAAUGCCUUGACCUUGGCAAAGUUCUUGGAAAAAGAUCCAAGAUGCACCAAAGUCGUUUACCCAGGCUUGGAGUCUCAUCCUCAACACGAACUUGCCAAGAAACAGAUGACAGGGUUUGGUGGUAUGGUCACAUUCUACAUCAAAGGUGGCCUGGCAAACGCCACAGAAUUUCUCAAGAAAGUUAAGGUUUUUACCCUUGCUGAGAGUCUUGGUGGAUUUGAGAGUCUGUGUGAACAUCCUGCCAUCAUGACUCACGCAUCAGUACCGCCAGAUCAGAGGGACAAACUGGGUAUUUCUGAUACAUUGAUCCGUUUGUCCGUCGGUCUAGAGGACACUCAAGACAUCAUCGAUGAUAUUGAUCAAGCACUUGCAGCCGCAAUGCUUGUUAAAAAUUGAUGAAGAAAUAAUAGAGAGUUUUAGAUUGAUUAUUUUUCUGCCCGCAAACCGCAAAYAUGAGAAUGUUUUCAUCGUUUUCCUGUAUUUAACUUAACCUCUUGCAAACUUUCUUACCAAAGACAAAUAUUCUUUUGUUUUUCUGCUACUUGAACUUUUUUGCGAUUCUUUCUCAGCUAUUUGAAAUAUGUUUUCACUGGUCAACUGACUUUUCACGUUUGCCGUGAACGUAAAUCUAAAACUCUCUAGUGAAUCACAUGAGACGUCGAUUAUUUCCCCCAGUUAUAGUCGUAGUUAUAAAUUUUUACGUAACUUACUACUGAUGCGAUUAUUUUCUCAAUACAUAUUUAUUCUAAAGUAGUUCAAUGUAGACCUAUUGCUCCUAAUUAGAGCAUGGCUAGGAUAAGCAAACAAAGGUGUAAUGAGUAUUAUAUUUUUUUCUAAAAGAAAAAGAAAAGACAAGCAUCUAGAACUCUCAAUAAAAUUACUUGAACCUGA